AAUGCUUUAGCGGGAAAACAAGAUUGUAUUGUAUUACAAGAUUAAUACUGUUUUCCACUAAAGUAGAGAAAUGUCCUAUUGGUUUUUAUUUUGCCUUUUGUGCGUCAUUCAUUAGACAAGAUGUAGAAUAAUUUAGGGAAACACUUCGCACUGCGUAGAGUGCCGUCAAUUUGAUAACCUUCGCGCUGCCGUUACAUCUUUGUUGAUAUCAGUAUAUUGUCAACAGGAGUUUCAUAAUUAUAUGUUUUUUUUCUACGUAUGACAGUUCGCGACAAAGAUGGGCGAGGAAACACUAAGUCAGUCAAGAAAAAGAAAGACCACGACUCCUGAAGAAAUCCAGUCAAAACGAGUCAAAAACAGGAAUUCGCAAAAUUCGUCCGAUAUAAAGGAUGAUACGGUGAAUGAUGAGCUUGUACCUGGAAAGAUUAAACGAAUCUUUCUAAAAAACUUCAUGUGCCAUGAUGCCUUAGAGAUGAAUUUCAAUUCUAGAAUCAAUUUCCUUGUUGGUGUAAAUGGUAGCGGAAAAAGUGCUAUACUAACUGCUCUAACUGUUGGCUUGGGAGCUAAAGCUAAAGAUACAGACAGAGGAGUAUCACUAAAAAAUUUUGUGAAACAAGGAAAAAGCUCAGCUACGAUAGAAAUCACUAUCACAAACAGAGGUGACAAAAGUUACAAAUGGGAAACGUAUGGAGAUACUAUUACUGUAAUUAGGAUUAUUGGUACAACUUCAUUAUACCGAAUUAAAUCUCACAGUGGCCAGGUAAUUUCCACAAAGAAAGAAGAACUUAAAGCAAUCACAAAUGCAUUGAACAUCCAAGUAGAUAAUCCUAUUUCUAUUUUGAACCAAGAUGCUGCAAGGUCUUUCUUAUUAACGAAAAAGUCUGAUGAUCUGUAUAAAUUUUACAUGAAAGCCACUAGGCUGGAUGUUGUUGGCGAGAACUAUAGGACAGCUCAGAGUGCUAGCGAUCUCGCAAAAUGUAAACUUGCAGAUUCAAGGAAAUAUCUAAGUGAUAGUGAAAACGUUAUAAAGACUCUUAGGCAUAAGCUCCAAGCUCUGCAGUCACUUGAUAUAUAUCGAGAAGAGUAUCAACAACUUAAAAAUGAAGUGCUGUGGGCAGAGGUUCUUACAGAAGAGAAAAAGCUACUACAAAUUGAUCAGAAAAUUGACUUACAAUCUAAGGAAAUUGAAAUGCUUGAAAACAUUGAAUUUACUAAAGCUUCCAAGGAAAAAGAAAUCAUCUCUCGAAUCGAAGAACACAAUGCAGAAAUAGCUUCUCAUAAAGCUGAAGCAGCUGCUAAUGAAGAAAAGUGCGACGGUCUAAAGAAGAAAGCAAUGGAGAAAAAAAAUACGUUGGAACAGCAAAGAACAAAAGUACAAAAGCUCCACAAAAAUAUGAGUGAGAAAAAAAAUGAUUUGCAACUACUUAUGACUGACAUUAACCAAAAGGAAAAGGAGGAAUGUGAUGUUGAUGUUAAGAGACAGGAAGCGCGCUAUUCAAUUGAAGAAUGUGAGCAGCAGUUAGAUGAAAUUCUUGCGACUUUGAGAACAAAACAAACUGACCUAAUGCACUUUGAAGAGAACAGUAAUCGUCUUGAUAAAGAAGAAAAAGCUAUCAAGAUUGAAAUUGACUCAAAGAAAAGAGAACUAAACGCUAAGAUACGUGAUUUGGAAAUCUGUGAGAAGCAAUCUGAUAACGCCUUAACUGUUUAUGGAAACAAUAUUCCUCGACUAGUUCGAAGAAUUGAAGAAGAGCACCAGAGAGGCAGGUUCCGAAAAAAGCCUGUAGGACCACUUGGCGCCUAUAUUUCUAUAAAAGACCCCUCAUGGAUUCCGGCUAUAGAAAGUUUUCUUGGGAUUGGAAUGUUAAGGACUUUUUGCGUUGAUAAUCUUCAUGAUAGAACGCUUUUGAAUAAAAUAAUGAGUGAGAUUUUCACAAAUGAGCAUUCACCAUCAAUUAUCAUUAGUAAAUUUUUCGAUGAUCGGCAUGAUGUUGAGUGUAAUUGUACUAGAUCACCACAAUAUGACAAUAUGUUAGAUAUGAUGAUUAUAUCAGAUAAUACAGUAGCAAAUACUUUGAUCGAUCAGAGAGAAAUUGAACGAGUUCUUUUAAUACCAACUUCAAAAGAAGCUUGUGACGUGAUGUCAGAUUUCAGGAAAGUACCCCAAAAUUGCAGGCGAGCCAUUACCAAAAUGAAUGACUUAUUCUUCCCCGAUCCAAACUAUAAAACAUAUGGUGGUUCUGCUGGAGAAAGGCCAAAAUUCCUUCAGGUUUCCACUGCAGAGAGAAUUCGCGACCUUCAAGAUGAUAUCGCCGAACUUGGCAAUCAACUGAAAUUUCAUAAAGAACAAUAUGCUCAAAUUCAUCAGAGAAAAGCGAUAACCAUCCAAGAGCUUAAUCAAGUUCAGCAACAAGUGAGGAAUUUAUUGGGCAAGCAGUCUUCAAUAAAAAACAAAAUAGAAGAGAGUAAAGAAAUUUUAGAGUCUCAUAAUAAUAAUACAAUAAAUGAGCAUAAAUUAGAAGUUGAGCAUAUAAAAGAAUGGCUUGUGCGUCAUAAAGAAGAAAUGACCCGAAUGAUGGAGGAAUAUCGUAGAUUAGAACAAGAAUCGAAGGUAGCAACGGAAGAAUAUAAAACAUGCCGUACCCUCAGUACAAAUUUAGAUGUUGCAUUGAAUCCUAUUAAGGAAAAAAUUCUUGAGCUCAAGGAUGAGCAAAAGCGACUGAAUGUUACUAAUAGAGGAGCUAGUAAGAGAUUGCAAGAAGGCAAGCAAUCGUUGCAAAGAUUGAAAGGUGAACAUCAACAACAACAGCGCGUUGUCACGACGAAAACAACGCUUGCUGAAGCCUGCUGUCCUCGAAUAGACACUACAAAGACUGUGGCUGAAAUAAGCGCUCGGUCGAAAGAACUGAUGAAAUUCAUCGAGAACGUUGAAAGGGAGCAUGGCAACAAAGAGGCUCUGCAAGAAGAAUUGCAAGAGCAAGAACAGCAAUUUGAUAAGGUGUUUGAUAAUGCAUGUGAAUUGGAACGUUUGAAUGAAGUACACACUGAGCGCGUACGAGUUCGUAAACAUUUUUUCAACAAUAUGAAAGCAGAUAUUGCUGCGAAAGUUCAGACCGCUUUCGCGAACAUAUUGUCGCUAAGAAACUACGAAGGCACAGUAACAGUGGACCACAAAAAGCAUAAACUUGAGCUUGAAAUGGUUCCAAUCAAUGACGCUAAAAGACUAACAAACGAUGCCAAACAACUGUCUGGUGGCGAACGGUCUUAUUCGACGAUUGGUUUUAUCUUAGCUCUGUGGCAUUGUACUGGUUUGCCCUUUUAUUUCUUAGAUGAGUUUGAUGUAUUUAUGGACAAAAUCAAUAGGCGAAUGAUUAUUGAUAUUUUAAUCCAUCACGCUGAAACCAGUCCAAAUAGCCAAUUUACAUUUUUAACUCCAUUAGAUGCUUCUCAUCUCAAAGCAAAGAACUCUAUCACAAUCCAUAGGAUGACUCCACCAGAAAGAUCAGGAUAAAUACAUUACAUUACUUUAUUUUUGAACACAAUUUAUUUAAUUUAAUAUAAGUAUUCGUUAAAAAAUUUACUAAAUCGAACAUAGAACGUUAACGUAUUAUAUUUAUAUAUUGACUAUUGUAUUAAGUUUUGUAUGUCCAUUAAUUUUUUCUUUUCAUAAAAAAACGUGCCUU